UCCGCGCCCCGCCCCGUCCCCUCCCGGCGCCCCGCCCCGCCCGCCGAGUCCCGGCUUGCCGUCCAGCACCUCUGCGCCCGGGAGCGCUGGCUCCGCUGGUCGAGAAAUGGACCAAUUUUGACAAGAUGUAGUGCUGCAGUGUGCCUGAUGGGAUAUGUUCAGUCAUGGCAUCCGAACUUUGUAAGACGAUCUCUGUGGCAAGGCUGGAAAAGCACAAGAAUUUGUUCUUAAAUUAUAGGAAUCUGCAGCAUUUCCCAUUGGAGUUACUAAAAGAUGAGGGACUACAGUACUUGGAGAGACUCUACAUGAAAAGGAACUCCCUUACAACCUUGCCAGAAAACCUUGCUCAGAAGCUUCCAAACCUUGUGGAACUGUAUCUUCACUCAAAUAACAUAGUUGUGGUUCCGGAAGCCAUUGGGUCCCUUGUAAAACUACAGUGUUUGGAUCUUAGUGACAAUGCCUUAGAAAUUGUUUGCCCAGAAAUUGGUCGUCUGAGAGCUUUACGUCAUCUUCGAUUAGCUAAUAACCAACUGCAAUUCCUACCUCCAGUAUCAUUUUUGGUGGGUUCCAGCAUCUUCCUGUCAAUGGUUGUUCAGCAGUUAGUUGUGAAUUCAGUGCUCUUGCAAGAGGAGUACCUCACUGUGGACCGAAAUCGUCUGUGGUGUGUGCCGCGCCAUCUCUGCCAGCUGCCCAGCCUCAAUGAGCUCUCCAUGGCUGGAAACCGUCUUGCAUUUUUGCCGCUUGAUUUAGGUCGAUCUCGAGAACUACAAUAUGUGUACGUGGAUAACAACAUUCAUCUGAAAGGCUUGCCGUCCUAUCUGUACAACAAAGUCAUCGGGUGCAGUGGCUGUGGUGCUCCCAUUCAAGUUUCCGAGGUGAAGCUGCUUUCCUUUUCAUCAGGGCAACUAACAGUUUUCCUCCCUGCUGAGGUGAAGGCCAUAGGGACAGAGAAGGAUCACAUCCUGCCUCUGCAAGAGCUGGCCAUGAGGAGUCUGCAUCACACCUACCACAGUUUUCUAAAAGAUCUGGACUUUCUGUCUCCAGUCUCGUUACCCAGAAGUCUUCUGGAGCUGCUGCACUGCCCCUUGGGGCACUGUCACCGGUGUAGUGAGCCCAUGUUUACGAUUGUUUACCCCAAGCUAUUUCCCUUGAGAGAGACGCCAAUGGCAGGACUGCACCAGGGGAGGACAACUGUGAGUUUUGUGGCUUACUGCUGCUCCACCCAGUGUCUGCAGACUUUUGACCUACUGAGUUGAUAAACACUCAAGAGCCUCAGGAGUGUUGCCAGCUUGACACUGCAGUUGCCUGCAUAUCGCACAGUGUGACAGAGGGACAGGAGAGUCCAGCCAGGCCCAACAGGCCCUUCCGAUCUGUCCUGUCACACUUGGGGACUGCAGGACUCUGGAAAUGUCAUGAUCGAGCUUCAGAGCUGAAAUGCCUUCACCCUUCCCCCAAGUUGGAAUAUAUCCUUCCCCAAAUUAAGAACCCUUUGUCUUCCGUGUUUUUCUUUUAUGUCAGCGAGUCUCUUAUGCAGACUAUUUAGUUUGAUGUGCCUCCCCAAAUCUAAUUUAGAGCAAGUUUAAGCUCCCUGAAGAAAUGUAAUUUGAUAAUAUAACCAAAUUAACUUUUGAACACACAUACUUUCAGUGGUAUCUGUAAUCUUCUCAUCUCUCUUUCUUUCCCCAGAGAAUUAUUCCCCAGAGGUUAUUCUCCGUGUUUUUAACAAAUUUCAGUAAACCCUGUGACCUCAAUAGUAUUGAAUAGUGGUGGGGGGGAUGGGUGCCUGAGUUGGCUUCCAAGUUAGACUCCAGUAGGGGCUUCAUGAGGGUCCUGGCACAUACCCUCUGGAAAGUUACAACCUUGUUUAUAAAGUUUUGCAACAUAUUAAGAGACUUUUGUGAGAGGGUUUUAAAAAUAAAACUGUAGAUUAUAAAUGAAAUACACACUUAAUUUGAAAAACUACAGAAAAAUAAUUUUUGAAUUUUUAAUUUCCUGAUAAGAUUUUUUUAUAUGAGAAGAGGGACAUAUGAGGCUUUAAAAGAUCUGAUCCUUUUCUUUCUAGAUUUAAACAUUUUCUGGCUACUGAGAAAGGGAGAGAAAAAACACAUUAAUAUAUGAUCUCUGGUGUUUUUUGUUAGAUGGGUUAUGGUUAAAUUUAUAUUGACUUUGAAAUAUUUUUGUUACAUAUGACAAACAGGCUUCAGCUACUUCUGCUACUAGUUUUUAGCAAGGUGAUUCUAAGUACAGCCUGUGCACAUUUAUUUAAAUACCUGGUGCAUUAGAUCAUCUUCAUUUUGACCUUAGGUUUCUUAUGUACUUGACACACUGUUGUCCAGAUAACAUUGAGAAAACACAGGAAAAAGCAGGUCCAAAUUCAGCCUUGGACUUUUGCAAAAAGGCCAUAAAUGGAAAGUGUGAGAUUAUGCUCUGACAUAAGAUAAUGCUCUUAAUGGAGGACUCACAUACUUGCUCUUCCUUUGAAAGGAUUGCAUUUUAAUAUUGCUUUGCUGCCAGAUGUUCAUCUGGUUGCUGUGAAGUGAUUCUUUUUUUUACUUUUUUAAAAAAGUUUAAUUAUACAUAGUUUUCUCUGAGACAGGACUAAAAGGGAACCAAGAAGUUUUACUUGGUAGGAAAAUUAUUUUCAAAAAAUUUCAGACUUGUCAAAAAUUUGGUUUAUGGAAUUUUAUUAGCUGCCCUAAAUCUGUAACGCUAGGCUCUAACAGUGCUAAAAAUCCUACAUAGUUACUGACAAAUGUGUGAUCUUUUCACAGUCACACCACCUGCUGCCUGGAAAGCAGACUAUCCACAUAGAAUGGUGAAGGCAGAACAUUAUCAACUGUAUUUCCACUGUUCUUACUUCCUCUUGUCCCUUUCAUAACUUGGCCUCUUCAGCCUUAAUAUUUCAAAGGCUUAUGGUAUAAUAGAAACUGAAGAUCUAUAUCAAAAUGUAACACUUCUUUCAUCCUUUGGAAUAAUUGAAGUUUUAGUGUAACCCCUCCAUGUAUAUAAAUUGGGAGGUGAAAAAUGUGGCAUGAAAUUUCACAAAUGUGGUUGAGGCCUGUGUGGCUGCUACCUAUCAUUUAAGUGACAGUAAUAUGUUUCAACAUCUUUCUACUUUACCCUCUACAAUCAUAUGUCUUAAAAUGGAACUAUGAAAUUUGCUAACCUGAUAUUCAGGAUUCUGUUGAGAUAAGGAUAUGUAAUACUUUUAACUUGUUUGAAAUUUUACAAAGACACUUACAAUCCAAACAGCCUCUGUACAAGCAAUGUGUGUUGAACACCAGCAGUGGGCUAGGCAGACAACCUUUGGGUGGCCUCAGCCUUAAUCCUUGAUGCAGCACCCAGCUUAAUUGAUGAGAAAUGGAACUUAUAAUUUGGCUUCUUUGGUGCUGUUCAUUAUAAAAAUUUUGUACUGGAUUCACUGAUGUCUUUUGAUAUUAUAAAGAAGUGUUGUAGACUGGA